AUGCCGUCGCAAACUUUAAGGCACUGGAGCGGGCGUGCCGACAGUCCAGAGUUUUUGAGUUUUGUCAGACAAUUGGUAGAAGAUCAAGGCGAAGUUGAGAAAACAAGUUUAGAUCAGCUCGUAACCGAGAUUUCCAAGGUCUUUGUUGGUUUCUCACGUCUGCCUACCCGGGCAAAGUUCCAGGCAGCCGCGAAAGCUCUUACGCUCGUGCAAAGUGUCGAACAGAACGUGAACACGGAGGUUUAUCGUGCCGCAGGUUGCGCUCGCCUACCUUCCAAAGUUGGAUCGCGGAUCCCUGAUGGUAACCACUUCGUCACUUCCGUUCAGGAGAGUUCCCGUGAGACGACAGCAUCAGUAAAAAGGCACCGACAAGUAGACCCCAACAUGCCCCAUACGCCGCCGAGGGCGCCCUUAAGUCGGAGUUCUUUUUUAACUGCCCGCCCGAAACAACGAUAUGAAGACAUCGGAGGUAUCGAAAGCAUACUGAGUCAUAUUCGUGAGCUUGUAGAAUGGCCGCUUCGGUACACAGAGCUCUACAAACAUCUCGGAGUUGAUCCACCUCGAGGUGUGCUGCUUCACGGGCCCCCUGGCUGCGGUAAAACUCUCCUUGCCAAUGCAAUUGCCGGCGAGCUCGGUGUUCCGUUCUUGCGAUUGUCGGCGCCAGAACUUAUUGCGGGAAUCUCGGGAGAAUCAGAGCAACGUGUCCGUUCCUUAUUUGACGAGGCGAAGUCGUUGGCGCCUUCACUUAUCUUUAUUGAUGAAAUCGAUGCAGUCACAUCAAGAAGAGAGACUUCCAGCAGAGAGAUGCAAAAUCGUGUUAUCGCCCAGCUUCUUUCGUGUUUGGAUUCUAUAUCUUUGCAGGAGACUGGCGACCGGUUGGUGAUCGUUAUCGGCGCAACAAACAGAGCUGAAGCACUAGACCCCGCUCUUCGACGCGCAGGACGAUUUGACCGAGAAAUUGAAAUAGGGGCCCCUGAUGAGGAAGCACGUGAAAAAAUACUGCGGAAUGUAACCAGGAGAAUGCUUCUCUCCGAAGAUUUCAACUUCAGAACGAUUGCGCGCCGUACCGCCGGAUACGUGGGUGCGGACCUCGCAGCACUGGCCACAGAAGCGGCGUCGACGGCGAUAAGACGUAUCGGAAAUGACCUAUUGCCGACUGAUACCACAGUGAACGGCGCCGCCUCCGUGGAUUUUGCCAAUAUAAGCAUGUUGCGUAUAACAAUCGAUGAUUUCCUUGUUGCCAUCGGAAAAGUUCAGCCCUCGGCGUUGCGUGAGGGAUUCGCCACCGUGCCAGACGUUUCCUGGGAGGAUAUAGGAGCUCUGGAUGACAUCAGAGAGGAGCUCGAGAUGGCUGUGAUUGAGCCGCUUCGAGAACCGGAAAAGUUCGCGAGGUUCGGAAUCGGAAUCUCUGCUGGUGUGCUUCUGUAUGGCCCGCCUGGGUGCGGGAAAACUUUGUUAGCCAAAGCAGUUGCAAAUGAAAGCGGCGCCAACUUUAUCUCCGUCAAAGGUCCGGAGCUUCUCGACAAGUACGUCGGUGAGAGUGAGCGCGCCGUCCGUCGACUUUUUCAGCGAGCCCGCUCCAGCGCACCAUGCGUGAUCUUUUUCGACGAAUUGGAUGCACUCGCGCCGCGAAGAGCAUUCGGUAGCUUCGGUGCUUCAGCGAGCGCCGAUAACGAUGCCGGGGGAAGCAACGCUAGUGAAAGGCUAGUGAACCAGCUACUCACGGAGCUAGACGGCAUGAAUCCCCGCCGACAAGUUUUCGUCAUUGCGGCAACGAAUCGGCCGGACUUAAUCGACGCGGCGAUGCUCCGACCUGGACGUUUCGACAAACUUCUUUACGUUCCACUGCCAGACGAAACUGGAAGACAUGCGAUCCUGCAAACUGGCCUUCGGGGAAUGCCCCUGGACUCCCGCGUGGACCUGAGAGCGGUUUCUGGUGCAACGAAAGGAUUCUCCGGCGCAGACAUUGCUGCACUCAUUCGAGAAGCGGCUGUACGUGCACUGCGUUCUGAGGCGCCGGCGAUCGGCGCUGAGCAUUUUCGCAAGGCUCUCGAAAAUAUAUUUCCGUCAGUGAGUCCCGGAGACGCCGCCCGUUACGAUUCUAUGAGGCAAAAUUUACGCAGAGCAAGAGGGCACGUGAACGAAAAUAUUUUCACGAUAUGA